AGCCCUGGGGCACAGAUAGCACAAUGGAGACGGAGUUCCACUGCUGUGGGUGUCCUCAGGGGUCACCAGUGUCCCAGAGGGGACCCCGUGGCAGAGCCAUAAUCCUUUCCAAGCAUCAAACCUGCUAAAAAGUCAUAGGUUUCAAACAGGCAGCCCAAGGGCCAAAGGCAUAUGGUUAGCCUGGACAGGUUUUUUUUUUUUUAAGAUUUUAUUUUUAAGUAAUCUCUACACCCAAUGUAGGGCUUGAACUUACAAUCCUGAGAUCAAGAGUCGCAUGUUCUACCAACGGAGCCAGCCAGGCGCCCCUUGUUUUGUUUUGUUUUUCUUUAAACAAAACUUUACAUCAAUCAACUUGUUGAAAAAUUGGCAACGUUUCACAAAAAUCUGGAUUGCUGGCUUCAGUCUUGGCCAUGCCUGCUUGGAUCUGAGCUCAGGAUACCCUCUUUAGCCAAAGUGUGAGGUCCAGUUGGCUCCCUCAUCUCUCUCAGGGCUGGAUGUCUGGCCCCUGAAGUAUCUGAGUUUGAGAUCUCUCUCGCUCAUGGAGGCAGAUGUAUCAAGUUUUUCUCCCCCUUUUCCCCCUGCCCUGAUUUUCGUUCCUUCUGAAGCACCCCUCAUCCUAGGCUAAAGCUUUUUCUUAUUCUUCAUCCCAUACCAGAAUUGGGAACCUCAAGCCUUGUGCUGUUUUGCACUGGUGCAUUGGUUGUAUGAAGAUGGAUUUUUAAUCCUAGAUUCUUUCCCCUAACUCUGUCCUUCCCUCAACGUUUAACCCAGAAGGGAGAGUGCGUGUGAGACAUGCUGACAUGCUGGUGGCCAGGCUGUGCUGCCCCGGGGAAAACUCAGGCAUCCCUCAGCCUUUCCACUGGCUGUUCCCUCUGCCUAGACUGCUCUUCCCCCGGAUGUCACAUGCCCCGUUCCUUGUCACUCAGAUCUUUGCUCAGAUGUCACCUCCUCAGGGGGGGCCUUCCCUGCCUACCUUAUUUGAAGUAACCCCGGCCCCUGCUCUUACCCAUUCUGUUUUCUUCAUGGGACAUCCUGUCAUCAGAGUGUAAGCUACCUGAGGGCAGGGCUUUUCUUCUUUAUCACCAGCGCCAGGUGCACCCUGGGGCCUCGGUAGGAACAGGACGGGGUUUGUGGGCCCUGAAGGGAGCCGGGGACCCCUAGCACAUCUGAUGAGGCCCCAGCCAGUUCAGCUUUUGUAGCAAGCAGCCCGCUCCUUUUUUAUAUUCCCUAGAGAAUUUAUUUUUAAACUCAUUUCUAUGCUGCUCUUCUUGGCCAGAGACAUUCAGGGUGCUAUUAUUUUCUAAAUCAAACCAGGGUACCCCGUGCCUUUCUCUGCCCAGCCGAAGUGCCCAGCCUGGUCUCACACUAGCCCUUUUCCCACCUACUUACUCAGGGAACUGUCACACCAGGAACCACUGAGGGGUAGGGCCCAUUUUGGCCUGGAAAAGUUCGGGGUCCGUCCCCAGCCCUCAGGAUGGUGCAGCCUGCCCGCCUGGCAUCUAACAGUGACCCCUCAGUGCAGUAACAGUGGCCCCAUUUUCUCUGGAUAGAAUAAGGGGGGCUGCUUGUACGAAGGGAAGGCAGGUUGAGGCCUGUCUGAGCUUAAUAAAUUGGAUGAUUUCCUGGCCUUGGUCCUUCCUCCUUUCUUCCGGUGUGGGGGCUGGAGAAGUGGCCUGGGUGGGGUCCUGCUGGCCGGGGAGACACAAAGUUACAGUCACGGGCGCUUGUAUCUAAUCUUUGCCACCCAGGCUUGCCCCGUUUUAUAGCUAUGGAAAGUGAGGCUCAGGGAGGCGAAGUAAACCGGCCUCGGGUCGGGAGGGCCACUUGCAGUUUUUGGAGGGGUUACUCUUGAUAUCCUGAUGAAGAUGAGGAGAUGCCAAAACAGAGUUACAAUAACUGUGGUUAUAUUUUACACUUUUCUAUGGAAAAAACUGAUUUUUGUAACCCUCAUGAAAAAUGCAAUGGAGUAGUUCUCUGCCUCCUCGAAGAGUUAUGGACUGCAGCGAGCCACCAGAAUGUCACUGCAGUUUCUCCUAACACUGACGGUGUCUAAGUCCAGGCUUUGAAAAGCCUCUGGUGACCUCUGGGUCUCUGCAGUGGAUGGGUCCCCAAACGGGGCCCACGUUUUAGCCCCUGGGAGAUCCAGCGUCAUUUUCAAUCCUGUCAUUUGGUGUAACGCUCUUAGUCGAUGUCUCGAUCGGAGGCCUUCUGUGAUUAUGGCCUCGGUGCUUCUUGGAUGGCGUCGGGGGCCAGGGCCACUUCUUCACUUGGUACUGCGGUCCCCUGGCUCCCCCAGCUUGUUAGGAGCAAAACCACCACGUGUUGUUUGAGAACUGAAAAACCAACCACCAAAAGACCCACAUCGACAGAAAUCUCACACUGGCCCCUGAGUAACUACCAGGAACUGCUUUGUCUGACUUAACGCUGGAAACAGUCUGUAAGACUGCUGUGUCCUGGCUCAGCCACACUGGUCUGAACACCGGACAAGGGGACCCGUGGAGCCCAGGGAGGGGAGGGGAGCUGCUCCAGGUCACAUAGGAAUUGGGUCUUAAGCCUUCUCGGCAUGGCCUUGCCUCUCUCCAUCCGGGACACUCUGGCCACUUAGGGCUGUGGCCCACCCCCUCCUUCUUGUGGCCAGGAAGGGGGACCGCCCCCAAUCCCCAUCUGGGUCUGGCUCUAUCCCAGACCUGGGCACUGUGAGGCUGGGAGUGAGCAGGGCAGAGGGUGGGCAGCGGUGCCAGCAAAAGCACUGGCCUGUCCCUCCUGGCCCUGCCACUCCACCCCCCGGGGCUGUGCCUAUCGCUGUGAGGCACUGGCACAGUGUGGGUUACAGCUGGGGCCCCUCCCAGUCUCCUGAGCCACCAUCCCUUAGCAACAGGCCUGCUAGGCAGGACACACUGCCAACGCUGGGCAGAGCGGGCAGGAGCCAGAGGGGUGGCUGUCUGGACUCCAGGACAGUUGAAGGCCAGGUAAGCAGGUAGCUGGCCAGGGCAGGGUUGUGGCACCGGCCCACAGCCUGGUCAGCCGAGUCGGAGUCCUUCCUCAAACUCUCCUCCAGCCAGUUGCCCAGCCAGCCUGACCCGGCAUGGAUACUGUGGACGCCACUGUGGAGAAGCUCCGGGCACAGUGCCUGUCCCGAGGGGCCUUGGGCAUCCAGGGCCUGGCCAGAUUUUUCCGCCGCCUGGACCGGAACCGGAGCCGAUCCCUGGACUCUGGGGAACUCCAUCGGGGCCUGGCUGAGCUGGGGCUGGUGCUGGACAGGGCCGAAGCGGAGGGUGUGUGCAGGCGCUGGGACCGUGAUAGCAGCGGGAUGCUGGACCUGGAGGAGUUCCUGAGGGCCCUGCGGCCCCCCAUGUCCCAGGCCCGGGAGGCGGUCAUUGCAGCUGCGUUUGCCAAGCUGGACCGCAGUGGGGAUGGUGUGGUGACCGUGGAUGACCUCCGGGGGGUGUACAGUGGCCGUGCCCACCCCAAGGUGCGAAGUGGGGAGUGGACUGAGGAGGAGGUGCUCCGCCGCUUCCUGGACAACUUUGACUCCUCUGAGAAGGAUGGGCAGGUCACACUGGCUGAAUUCCAGGACUACUACAGCGGCGUGAGCGCCUCCGUGGACACAGACGAGGAGUUUGUGGCCAUGAUGACCAGCGCCUGGCAGCUGUGAGCCGUGCACACUUGCUCAGCCAGCCCCCCCCCCGUAGUGGUAGGCCCCCCCCCCCCCGGCCCCCCCUGAGCCAGGGCCUCUCACCUGGGCUUCCAGCCAGGCAGCCCCUGAGGUGGAGGCCCCAGGACUGGUUGGAUCAGGUCUCCGAGGACCCGGCUUGGCCACCAGGGGCAAGUGGGACAAAGUUUCCAAGGAUGGGUCACUGGCUCAGGACCCCAGGGAGCAAGGCCCUCCCUGUCCAUGCUGUGCAGACCCCCCUCCCCUCCUCCCCCCAGGAGCCACUGUUUGCAGGGAAGCAAACAGCUCUUCUGUAAAGCAAAACUCAGCAGGGAGGCGGCCAGUCUUGGAAGGCAGCCAAGUUUGGUCACCUGCCCGGAUGUGGAGUGUGGGGCAGGGGCCAGGGGCCCGCAGACAGGCCAGGUGGCUCUGGGAAGUGGAGGCUGUUCCUGGCCAGGCUGUCCGGCUUCCUGAGGCCCCUGGGGCAUGCAGGAGGCCAGGGUUUUAGUUAAAAGUUUUAAUGUAGUUCCCAAAUACAUUUCAUAUGACAAUCUUACAUAAAUGUUCCAAAACACAUGGGCA